GUGCAACCGGGUCUUAUUAUGCUGUUUCCGAGUGCUAAAAUCAAAUAUCUGCUAUAAAUUCUAUAGAAAUAGUGUAUUAACUUCAUGCAUUCCUAGUUUAUUAUGCCGCUAACCUUUGCUCUGUUAUCAUUUACAAGCUGCUUAAAAAGGACAAGAUAUUUUUGCUUGAAGUAUGUUGAGUUAGACGCCAGAAUGGAAUCAGGACCAUUAAACUUGCAACUGCGCGUCCAGAAUCUGGUGCGCAAAUUGCGUCCGGAACGGGUCAGAUCACAGCUGCAGUGUCUGAUCACGACCGUGUCGGAGGCGAACGCUAAACUGCUGCGACAGAAUCUGGUGAGCCGCGACUGCGACGCCAAAGAUGUGGUCACCGCGCAUCACGACGACUCAGAUGGGACACAAGAUGGCGCACAAGAUGGGACACAAGAUGGCGCACCAACCACUGCUGUAGAUGUGCAGCUUGAAGAGAGUGUGGAGCAGCAGGGCAACGGCAAAGACACUGAGGAGGAUGCUUGCAAGCGAACUGUCAUGUCUGCAGGUUAUUCGGCGUCGUCAGAGGCAGACAGUGGCGGAGGUGUGGCCAGUACGCAUGCGCAGCGACCCUGCCAGCUAGCAUUGUCACGUGAACCAAGCGGUGGCCCCGCCCCCUCGGCCGAGCCGCAGCCAAUGGGAGGCGGCCUGCCACUGCUGGUGAUCGACUCGCCGACCAAUGAGAACGCCGCAUCUGGACUGCUGUGCACGCCUUGUCCCUCCCCCUCGCCUCGCAACAAGUCCCCGGUCACCGUGCAGGAAUGGGUCGACUCUCUUCCGCUCACACCGGUCGAGCCCACCAG